UAAUCAUUUUGAUGUAAAAAAAUGCGAAAAAGAAAAUAAUAACGAAGAAGAAGAAACAUAUUUUUCCGGAAGAGAAGAAGAUGAUAAAUUACACAACAGAUGUAAUAAUAUAGAAAAAACAAAUAACAUAGGAAAUAAUACAUUAAAUAAGAAAAAGAGGAAAAGAAAGAAAAGAAAAAGAAAACGAUUUCUCUUUAGAAAUACGGAAAAUCCACUUUAUCAAAACUAUUAUCAUGAUGGUGAUGAUAUAGAAGAUUUUGUUAUAAGCAGAGAAGCUACUAUAGACAACCAAUCAAAAUAUAGAAUAAAUGAAAAAGUUGUUACACAGAAAGAUGUUUCAGAUUUAUUAUAUAAAAAAGGUAUAGAUUUAAAUAAUAAUCGUUUUCUAAUAUUACAAGGAGAAGUUGAACAGAUAGCUCAGAUGAAUCCAAAAGGUAAUAAAAAUGAAGAUGGUCUAUUAGAGUAUUUAGAAGAGAUAAUAGGUACUAAUAAAUAUAUUGAAAGUAUAAAUGAACAUUUAGAAAAAUUAGAAAGGUGUGAAGAAAUACAUCACGAAAAAGUUCAUCGUUUAAAACAUGUUUAUAAUGAAUUAAAAGAAUUAGCAGGUCCUAAAAAAGAAGCUAAGUAUUAUAUGACUUUACAAAAAUAUACAUAUAAGUUACAUAUAAUAAUAAAUAAAAAAGAUCAAUAUGAAUUAUCUAAAAUGAUUAGUGAUAAAGAAAAGGAAUUGGAGUUGUUUUUAAAUAAAAGAAAUAAUCAUGAUAUGGAAUAUAAACAACUGUUAGAGACAAGAAAAGAAAUGAAUAUAUCUUUAAGUAAUUUAGAAAAGGAAGAAGAAGAAGUUAUAAAAAAAAAGAAUUUAAAAAAUAAUGAAUUCAAAAAAUUAAAUAUUGAAGAUGAAAAUAUAAAAAAAGAAUUAUUAAUUAUAGUACAGAAAAUGCAAAAUUUAUAUGUUAAAAGAGAAGAAUUAAAAGAAAAAGAUAUUCCAUCCUUUAAGAGAAUUAUUGAAGAAAAACAAAAAAUUAUUAAUAAAAUAAAAAAAGAAGAAUUGCAUUUAUUAGAAGUGGAAUUAGAAAAAUGUGAAGAAGAAUUAGAAAAUUAUAAUGAAGAAAUUAAACAAGAUAUUGAUAAAAUGAAUACUAUAUAUUCUAAUGAAGAAAAAAAAUUAGCACCUUUACAAAAUAGUUAUGAUAAUAUUAUUAAAAAUAUAUCUGAAUAUUCAAAUCAAUGUCAUAUUAUAGAAAAGAAAAAAAAAGAAUAUUUAACACAUAUAGAAAAUCUGAAAUAUCUACAAACAAAAAUUAUUAAUGAAUUAAAAGAAAAAGAUGUACAUACAAAAUAUUUAACCAAAACAGAAGAAGAAAAAAGAAAAAAUUUAAAAAAUAAACAAAAUGAUCUUGACGAAAUUCAAACCAAAAUCCAAAAAUUAAAUACAAAUUUAAUAGAGGAAACUAUAAAAUAUGAAAAUAUUAAAAAAGAAGUUGUUACAGAUAGAAAUAUGAAUAAAUUACAUCAUUUUAUAUAUAAUUUAAAGAGAUCUAAGAUUAAAGGAAUACAUGGUAUGCUUAUUGAUUUAGGGUAUAUUGAAAAAAAGUAUGAAAAAGCUUUUACCAUAGCUAGCAAUAACUGUUCAGAUUUUGUUGUAGUAGAAAAUCCAAACGAUGCUGUACUAUUAUUUGACGAAGUUAGAAAAGCUAAUAUAGGAAGAGUCAAUGUUUUAUCUUUAUCUGUUCUAAAUAAAAAUUUAAUGAGUCUUAUGUUAAAAAAUGAAGAAAUCUAUACACAAUUAUUACCAAAUGUAUAUCGAUUAAUUGAUUUAAUAAAAUUUAAAAAUGAUAAAUAUAAAAUAUGUUUCUAUUAUAUCAUCAAAGAAACAUUAUUGGCUAAUUCUUUAGAGCAAGCUCAUGUUAUUGCGUAUUCACAUAAAAAAAGAGUGGUUACUAUAAAUGGAGAAUUAAUUGAAAAUGAUGGAAGAAUAUGUGGUGGAGGUAUGGAUAACAAAAAUGUUAAAGGUAACGGUGGGAAUUCAGAACGUGGUAUAAAUAGUAGUAGAACAUCUACAAAUAAUAAAAAUACUAACAGCAACAAUCAUAAUCAUAGUAGUAGUAGUAGCAUAAAAACAAGUGAAUAUGAUGAAUCACAUUUAUUAAAUUCAGAAAAAAUAAUCAAAGAAUUAAAUAAAAAUAUUCAAGAUAAAAAAAAACAAAAAGAUAUCUUAAUAAAUGAUAUUAAAGAUAUCAAUACCUUCUUAGAAGAUAAUGAAUGUAAAAUUGUUAUAGCUAAAAAAAAAAUUGAUAAUUUAAAAAAACAACUAGAAGAUAUUGAUGAUCAAUUACAAAAUUCCAAAACACCAGAACUAACCAAAGAAGAAGAAAAUGAAUUAAAUACAUUAAAAAAUUUAAUAGAAGAAAAAAAUAAUGAAAAAAGUAAAGUCGAAAUUGUAUUAAAAGCACAAGAAACUAAAGUAAAAAAAUAUUAUGAACAAUUACAAGAUGUUGGUGGAGAAAAAAAAAAAAAAUUAAAAAAUAAAUUUAUUAAUGCUGAAAGACAAUUAAAUAUUAUGAAAGAUCAAUUACAAGAACAUACAAAUGAAGAAGCCAAUGCUUUAGCUAGUUUAGAAAAAAGUGAAAAGGAUAUUAAAAUGUUUUCAGAAAAUAUUUUAGAAUAUGAAGCAAAUGAAAAAGAAUUAGAAAAUGAACUUAAAAUUAUUGAGAACAAGGGAUGUGAAGUAUAUGAAGAAGUAGAAACUUUAACAAAUUUAUUAAAUGAUAUACAAUCAAACAUUGAAGAAAAACAAAAAAAAAAACAACAAGUAGAUGAAAAUAUAUCCAAGAAAGAUUUAGAAAAUGUGGACCUUGUAUAUAAAAUUGAACAUCUUCAAAAGGAAUUAAAUCAAUAUAAAAAUAAAAAUGAAAAUUAUCAAAAUAAAAUUGAUGAAUAUAUCGAUCUAAUUAAACAAUCAGAUAAAGUUAUUCAUGAAAAUAUGCUUUCAGAAAUGAGAUGUAGGAGACUUUUGGGAAAGAAAAAAAAAAUUAAUAAAGACCAAGAAGACCAAAGUACAAGGGAGGAUAUAAAGAUGGACGACGAACAUGAUGGUAAAGACAGGCAACUGGAUGGUGAAGAUGGUGAAGAUGAUGAAGAUGAUGAAGAUGAAGAUGAUGAAGAUGAAGAUGAUGAAGAUGAAGAGGAGGAGGAGGAAGAAGAAGAAGAAGUAGAAGAAGAAGUGGAAGAAGAUAUGCAAGAAGAUAUGCAGGAAGGUAUUGAAGAAAUACAACCGCAGAAGGAAGCGAUGAGGGAAAAAAAUAUAUAUGGUCAUUAUGAACCAUACGAAGAUAUUAAAGGUAAUGAUCAAAAUGAUCAAUAUGAUAAAUUGGAAAAUCAAAUUGUUUUGCCUAAUGGUCGUGAUAAUCAUGUUAAUGUUACAAGAAAUAAUCACAUAAGUCAAGAUAAAAGUACAUUAUAUCUUCUUCAUAUGGAUAAAAAUAAUAAAAGGAAAUUAAACGAAAAUGAUACAACAACAAAAUGUCCUGAGAAAAAGAAAGUAAAAAAAAAAAAAAAAUUAUUCGAUGAUCUAAAAGAUCUUGAAGAACUUUUUGGUGAUAGCGAUGAAUUAAAAGAAUUAGAACAUGAAUAUGAUCAUAUUAAUAUAAACGAUACAGAUUUAGAUUUGUUAAAUAAAAAAGAUAUAGAAACAAAACUCGAAAAUAAAUUAUCUAUAUUGGAAAAAAAAACUCCAAAUUUAAAAAUUUUUCAAGAUUAUAAUUUAAAAUUAUAUGAUUAUAAAGUAAGAAGAAAAGAUGUUAAAAAAUCAAAAAAAGAAAAAGAUAAAAUUAAAGCAGCCUACGAUAGUUUAUGUAAUAAGAGAAAAGAAGAAUUUGUAGUAGCAUUCAAUGUUAUAUCAUCGAAAUUAAAAGAAAUGUAUCAAAUGAUAGCUAUAGGAGGAGAUGCAGAAUUAGAAAUUAUUGAUUCUUCAGAAAUAUUUAAUGAAGGUAUUUUGUUCUCUGUUAGACCUCCAAAAAAAAGUUGGAAACAUAUACAAAAUUUAUCAGGAGGAGAAAAAACACUAAGUUCAUUAGCCUUAGUAUUUGCUCUACAUUAUUUUAAACCAAAUCCAAUUUAUUUUAUGGAUGAAAUUGAUGCAGCACUUGAUUUUAAAAAUGUAUCUAUCAUAUCACAUUAUAUUCAAACAAAAACAAGGAAUGCUCAAUUUAUUGUUAUCUCCUUAAGAAAUCAAAUGUUUGAACUGUGUGAUCGUAUGAUCGGAAUCUAUAAAACUAAUGAUAUCACCAAAUGUAUAACACUUAACCCUCAUCAAUGUACAAUGCUCAAUAUCCCAAAUAUUAAACUAAAAAGAAAAACGAAAUUGGAAAAAAAUAUAAAAUAUGAAAACACUGAUGAAAAUGAGCACCAUUUAGCAAUAACAAAUGAAGUCUGA